CAAUUUUCUAACUGUCAUUCUUCCAAAAAGCCUUGAUCCGCGCGAGCGUCUGCAAUUUGUUAGGUGUUUUGUAAAAUUUGUGUCCAGGAAAGUUUUUGUUAAAAUACAGCCACAAUCCAAAGCAUCCUGGGAAUUAUUUCACAUAAUUCUUUGCUCAAAGCCAAAUCUUGGUGCAAACCACAAUCUUACCGAGUCCAGAAUUUACCGUUGCUAGCCAAGUUUAUUUUGCACGCUUAUUUGCAAAUACUUGUACGAACCAGAAGUUCUUCAUACGGGAUACGUAAGCCUCAGAGGAGGGAUAAUUAAAAAUGCCAAAAAAACCUAAAACGAAUGGCUUUAUGAUGUUCACUACAGAAUGGAGAUCGAAGUAUGGUAAAAAACUAUCAUUGGCAGAAGCUACUGAAGAAGCCGGGAAAAUAUGGGGUUCAAUGACGGUGGAAGAGCGUGCCCCUUAUAAUGAUCGGGCUCGGCAAGAACGUAUGGGACAAAAAUCUGGCAGACCUGCUGGGCCUCCUAAGUUAACCUGUACUGGUAAAGCCAUUGAGCAAGUGGAAAAGGAACGGGCAGAGGCAGAGCAACGUGAGCAUCAAAUGAAACGAAAUAUAGAGAUGACUGUGCGGAACUGUGUGAAGAAUUGCCAAUUGGAAACUCAAUCAUAUUUCUUCAUAAUGGUUAAUUAUUUUGUGAAGUCCCUAAAGGGUGGUAUUUAUGUGCCCGCCGAGAUACUCGUAGCUGAAUAUUCAUUGAAGGAUGGUGUAUGCCGGAAAUAUCAUACAUUUAUUAAUCCAGGCCCUAACAUCUAUGGUCUGCACUAUGAGGCACAACAUCAUUCUGAAACUUCACACAAACUACCUUUGCCACCAAAUGCUAAAGGCGAGUCUAAUUUGGGUUUGAUUUAUAAUAACGUAGUAGACUUUAUACGCGAUGAGAACACUGGAGAAUAUCCACCAAUUUAUACCCAUCGCGAUUCUAUAACAAUUGUUGAGUCGGUAUUGGAAUUUCUUAAAUCUGAUUUGAAUGCAAAUAGUGUUGAAUUGAAGAUAUAUUCCAUACAAUAUCUUUUCUACAUACUGAAAGAAGCCACCUCUGAGAUGGGUGAAGUGGAGCAACCAAAAUCGCACUACAUAACGGAUGCAUAUUUUGAGCGUGACUUUUUCGAAUAUCAAACUGGCAUUGCCUGCACUUACCAUGAAGAUAUUGACAAAAGCAAAUAUUGUACACAAUCAUGCGUUACACGUUGGGGUUUCAUGUUCUCAGAUUACAUGUGUCGGGAUAUCGCUAUUGAUUUAAUACCCGGACGUCAUGUGCCAGAAUCAACCAACUUAGCUGCUAUUAUAAAUCCAGCACCAAGCACCUAUGGUGACACUGAAUCACAUAUUUCCGUUAAUAGCGAAAGCACUUACGCAACCAAAGCAAUUUCUGAGCACAAAGUUUAUUAUGAUGACCACAAGACAUUCAUGUCGGCACGCUCCAAUGCCACUGGUCGCUCUAUAGAUAAGUAUGAUACUAAUGAAUUUCCUAGUCUUGGUGCUGGUCCCUCGCGAAAGAAGCACGCAAGGGCUGUUUCACCGUCGCCCGCAAAGGCAACUCGUACUGAUCACAUCAGAACAAUUGAUAUUGAAUCAGCUGAUGAUUUAAAUCCUUGGUCGUCACGUUCCAGAAAUGUGCCACGCGAACCAGAUACUUCGCACUUCGACAUUGAUUAUACGCGCGAUGAUACAACUGAUAAUGAGACCACUGUCACUGGUUAUGGACGUGGUAGAAUGCGUAUGAAUCAAUCUACGAUUAGCAAUGCAACAGCAGGUUCGGGACGUGGCAGGCUAUUACAUCGUUAUGAGUAAAGUGAAAAUUGAGAUGCAGCAAGGUAUACUUACAUAUGUACAUUAAACCAAUUGCUCAUGAAAAGCAAAAAGUUUAUCUCUCAAAUUAAGAAUCGUAUAUACAAUUAU